UGUGAUUCAGUUCGGUAAAUCGGCCAAACGAUCCCCGGAAUCCACCCAGAUUGGACAAUACGGAAAUGGCUUAAAAUCAGGUUCCAUGCGGAUCGGCAAGGAUUUCAUCCUCUUUACGAAGAAGGAAAACAGCAUGACGUGUCUCUUCUUGUCCCGCACCUUUCACGAAGAGGAAGGCAUUGACGAGGUGAUUGUUCCGCUGCCCACCUGGAAUGCCCGCACCAGAGAGCCUUUGACAGAUAACAUGGAAAAGUUUUCCAUCGAGACAGAAUUGAUUUACAAGUAUUCUCCUUUCAAAUCGGAGCGGGAAGUGAUGCAACAGUUUGACAAGAUUUUUGGAGAGAAAGGGACCUUGGUGAUCGUCUUCAACCUCAAAUUGAUGGACAAUGGUGAACCCGAGCUAGACGUGACCUCUGAUCCCCGAGAUAUCCAGAUGGCUGAAACUCCACCCGAGGGAACGAAACCUGAACGUCGUUCUUUCCGUGCAUACGCUGCUGUGCUCUACAUCGAUCCCAGAAUGCGGAUCUUCAUCCAUGGCCACAAAGUUCAAACCAAACGCCUCUCCUGCUGCUUAUACAAGCCUAGGAUGUACAAGUAUACAUCCAAGCGCUUCAAGACUCGAGCAGAACAAGAGGUGAAGAAAGCAGAGCAUAUGGCUCGGAUUG